UUCUAGCUACCAUACUGGAGCCACGAGCCGCUGCGGAGAAUCCAAGCGAGCUGACUUUUAAUCCAAGUCAAGCCUCUUUUCGUGUCUCCUCCACGUUGUCAGUAUGUUACGUGCACUGUUGGCGAUCACAUGCCUAAGUCUGGCAUGGGGUGCUGAGGAAGAAAUCACAGAAGCACGGUUGCUGGUUCAGAAAAGGAUCCUCAACCGGUUCCUUGUUGAAGGGAGAGACAUCAUCGUAGAUUACAACAUCUACAAUGUUGGUGGAAGUGCAGCACUUGAUGUCAGGAUUGUGGACAACUCAUUUGGGGAAGCAGACUUCCAGGUUGUCAGUGGGAUGCUCAAGCUGAAGGUGGACAGGCUGCCACCAAAUGCUAACCUGAGCCACACAGUGGUUAUCAGGCCUCUGAAGCCUGGUCGUUUCAAUUUCACAAGUGCAGAUGUUUACUAUAGAACCUCGGAAGAGAGUGAAGAUAUCCAGGUUGGGCACACAACUGAGCCUGGGGAGGGAGGCAUCAUUCCUGUGCGGGACUUUGACCGUACAUUCUCUCCACAUGUGAUGGACUGGAUGGCUUUUGCUGUGAUGACCCUUCCAUCUCUGGGAAUUCCCUUCCUCCUUUGGUACACCAGCAAGUCUAAGUAUGAGGCCAAGCAGUUUAAGAAACACUGACGAAAAUAAAGUGCUCUUUUUAUAAUAAC